AUGUUGAUCAUAUGGUUAAUUAAAUGCACACGAAAUGCAAAACGGAAAGGAACUCCGAAUUCCACAUCCGAAGAAGAAACAAUUCCAAUGAGAACAUUCAAUCCACAUCCGAUCAAUAUACCGUCCGCCUUGUUGAUUUGUGUCGCACUCUUGGCACUAGCAAGCAAGGACACUCAAUUUGUGGUAGCAUGCGGUUACUUCCUACCAUUUCCAGCAUGUACGUUUCUGAGGAUUGCUCAUGUUCCGAAGAAGACGCAGACUGUCUUUGAAGUAUUUACAACCUUAUGUUACAAAAAGUAUGAUGAACUGUCGUUGACAAUCAUUUCUUUGCAAAAACCUCAUUCUCCAUUGAUAGACAAAAGAUUCGCUGUAACCCCAAUGGAGGCGAUGAUGCUACCAGAUCAUUAUCAACUUCCCGUUGAAUGCGAGUCAGAAGCAUCUGCUCUCGAUGCCUUUGUUAACUGCACAAAUCGCAUGGUCUGUUCUUGCGAAAAUAUGAAAGCACCGCAAACAUGUCAGUGUCCACAUGAUUCACUCCAAAAUUUGAGGAAAGAAGUGUCAAAUGUAAUGCCCAUACGCACUCCGUUCACGGAAAUCUUCAGUGAUAGCAAAGAAAUCUAUGCGCUCUCCAAGCAGGAGAGAUCACUCUCGCAAUAG